AACCACUCGAGCCCUCGCCGCGCCCCUCGGCGCUCCCGCCCCGUCCCCCGUCCCCGGAACCGGCGGUCGAGCGGCGGCAGCCGAGCCUGUGGCACGGCUCUCUCCCCGCGGAGCCGCCGGCAUGAACGCAUCCCGCCUCCCCGCGUCCCCGACCCGGUCCUUUUGACAAGAGGAGUAAGAAGAUUGCUAUUAAAUUACAACCAUGGUGCAAAAAUACCAGUCCCCGGUGAGGGUGUAUAAACACCCUUUUGAGUUAAUUAUGGCUGCCUAUGAAAGGAGGUUCCCUACAUGUCCUUUGAUUCCAAUGUUCGUGGACAGUGACACCGUCAGCGAAUUCAAGAGUGAAGAUGGGGCUGUUCAUGUCAUCGAGAGGCGCUGCAAGCUGGAUAUCGACGCUCCCAGGCUGCUGAAGAAGAUCGCAGGAGUCGAUUAUGUUUAUUUUGUCCAGAAAAACUCCCUGAAUUAUCGAGAACGCACUCUGCACAUCGAGGCCCACAAUGAGACGUUUUCUAACCGGGUCAUCAUCCAUGAGCACUGCUGCUACACGGUUCACCCUGAGAACGAAGACUGGACCUGUUUUGAACAAUCUGCAAGUUUAGAUAUCAAAUCCUUCUUUGGGUUUGAAAGUACAGUGGAAAAAAUUGCCAUGAAACAAUAUACCAGCAACAUUAAAAAAGGGAAAGAAAUCAUCGAGUACUACCUGCGGCAGCUGGAGGAGGAAGGCAUCACCUUCGUGCCCCGCUGGACCCCACCCUCACUGGGGCCCUCAUCAGAACCAUUGUCAGCAAGCAAGAGUCAAACCACAUCUGCAGCUGUCCUGGUCCCAGAUGCUGCUGCCCUCAAGGAGGGGCUGAGCGGGGAGGGCCUCAGUAGCCCAGGCACAGCAUCUGAGGCUGUGGUGGGAACCCCUGACGACAAACUCGACGCCGACUACAUCAAGCGGUACUUGGGCGACCUGACCCCGCUCCAGGAGAGCUGCCUCAUCAGGCUGCGCCAGUGGCUGCAGGAGACUCACAAGGGCAAAAUUCCAAAGGAUGAGCACAUUCUCCGCUUUCUGCGUGCCCGGGAUUUUAAUAUUGACAAAGCCAGAGAGAUCAUGUGCCAGUCUCUAACUUGGCGGAAACAGCACCAGGUGGAUUACAUCUUGGACACCUGGACUCCACCCCAGGUCCUUCAGGAUUACUACGCUGGAGGCUGGCAUCACCAUGACAAAGAUGGGCGGCCGCUGUACGUGCUCAGGCUGGGGCAGAUGGACACCAAGGGCUUGGUGCGAGCCCUCGGAGAGGAAGCCCUGCUACGAUAUGUUCUUUCCAUAAACGAAGAAGGCCUGAGACGAUGUGAAGAAAAUACCAAAGUCUUCGGCCGGCCCAUCAGCUCGUGGACCUGCCUGGUGGACCUUGAAGGGUUGAACAUGCGGCAUCUGUGGAGACCUGGGGUCAAAGCCUUGCUGCGCAUCAUCGAGGUGGUGGAGGCCAACUACCCGGAGACGCUGGGCCGCCUCCUCAUCCUCCGUGCCCCCAGGGUCUUCCCUGUCCUCUGGACAUUGGUUAGUCCAUUCAUCGACGACAACACCAGAAGAAAAUUCCUCAUUUAUGCAGGAAAUGACUACCAGGGCCCUGGAGGCCUGCUGGAUUACAUCGAUAAAGAGAUAAUCCCAGAUUUCCUGAGUGGGGAGUGCAUGUGUGAUGUGCCAGAGGGUGGACUAGUCCCCAAAUCUCUGUACAGGACUGCAGAGGAGCUGGAAAAUGAGGACCUGAAGCUCUGGACGGAGACCAUCUACCAGUCUGCCAGCGUGUUCAAAGGAGCCCCGCAUGAGAUUCUCAUUCAGAUUGUGGACGCUGCCUCAGUGAUCACCUGGGAUUUUGACGUGUGCAAAGGGGACAUCGUCUUUAAUAUUUAUCACUCCAAGAGGUCUCCCCAGCCACCCAAAAAGGACUCGCUGGGGGCCCACAGCAUCACUUCUCCAGGUGGGAACAAUGUGCAGCUCAUAGACAAAGUCUGGCAGCUAGGCCGGGACUACAGCAUGGUGGAGUCUCCUCUGAUCUGCAAAGAAGGCGAGAGUGUGCAGGGCUCCCAUGUGACCAGGUGGCCCGGCUUCUACAUCCUGCAGUGGAAGUUCCACAGCAUGCCAGCGUGUGCCGCCACCAACCUGCCCCGAGUGGACGACGUGCUGGCCUCCCUGCAGGUCUCCUCUCACAAGUGCAAAGUGAUGUACUACACAGAAGUGAUCGGGUCCGAGGAUUUCCGAGGCUCCAUGACCAGCCUGGAGUCCAGCCACAGUGGGUUCUCACAGCUGAGCGCCGCCACCACCUCUUCCAGCCAAUCACACUCGAGCUCCAUGAUUUCCAGCGAAUGACUUGUAUGACAUCCUGCAGAGACGAGCCUCCUCCUCCUCCACGGAACUGAAGCUGCAGCAGGCAGGCAGCCCCUAAGCUGCGCCGGAGUCCUCGAGGCUCCCUGUUAGUGGAGGUGGCCUGUGGAUUCAGGACAGCCCUUGAGGUCCCUUUCCUCUGAGGACUUGGCAGCCUACAAGAGCACCCGGUCCUGGAGCUGAGCCAGCCCGCUCCUGAGCAGGGACUCUGCCCAGGGGGGGCUGCCAGGCUCCUUGCGACUCCCGACAACACCGCCCGCCAUCAUUAAACAUUGCUUUCUCUUUCUUCCUCUUCAAAUCUUUUGAUAUUUUUCAGAGCAAAAUUUUUCUGUCCAUGGACUUGGGGAAGGGAAGGGUUCUAUCCUCUGCUGAAGGCUGUUUUUCCUCCUGCAGAUGGGCAGCUCUGUACCCGCCAGCACCCAGAGUCCCCAGUCCUCAGUACCCAGGGUCCUCAGUCCUCAGCACCCAGGGUCCCCAGUCCUCAGCACCCAGGGUCCCCAGUCCUCAGCACCCAGGGUCCCCAGUCCUCAGUACCCAGGGUCCGCAGUCCUCAGCACCCAGGGUCCGCAGUCCUCCUAGCACCCAGGGUCCGCAGUCCUCAGUACCCAGGGUCCGCAGUCCUCCUAGCACCCAGGGUCCACAGUCCUCAGCACCCAGGGUCCCCAGUCCUCAGUACCCAGGGUCCGCAGUCCUCAGCACCCAGGGUCCUCAGUCCUCAGCACCCAGGGUCCUCAGUCCUCAGCACCCAGGGUCCGCAGUCCUCAGCACCCAGGGUCCGCAGUCCUCCGCACCUGGGAUCUUCAGCUCUCAGCGGGGUGUUUGGGAGCAGUAGGUCACACUUCCUUUCGGAAGUGUGGCAGUGCAGACUCCAGCAGUGUGCUCCAGGGUGAUGCAUGGCUUGUAGUGGCCUUGGGUGUGUGGUGGAUGUUGUAGGGGCGUGUGCAGGUGCCGUUUGCAUGCAUGAGGGAGCGGGGUGCUGAUGGGAUGGUAGGACUUCAUUUGUUCUAUCAGCAUUUUAUAGAAGCAGACCAGAGGUUGGCUUGCUUUGUCUUUUUCUUUCUGAUCCCAACUUCCCAAAGCCUGCUGUUUGAGCAGGCCCUCACUUCACAGCUUGUAUGGGGAAAGUGUGUUGCUUACAAAGCUGUCUGGAAGUUGCAGGUGGCCGAUCUCCACGAGAAGGGCAUGGGAUCUGUUUGAGUGUGUGGUAAACGUGUCUAAAGAUGGGUGCCAGACCCAUAUGGCCGUGAGUGUGUUCGGCAGGUGUGGAAUCAUGUGUUGAUGCUGCUCUGAGGCACUGGGUGAUGUCUGUGUGACUUGAGAGCUUUGUGGAGGCUGUGGCAUGUCAGCAAGCAUGAGGAGACACUACACGGCAGCCUGGCUUGGCCAGUGACCCCGCUAGCUCCCGGCGCCCUGCGUCAUGCCCAGGCCUCUGGUUGCUGGCCUCUCUGGCCCUUCGCCAUGCAUUUCCUGUGCGUGGGAGCCAUUUCUAGACAGCACAGCAGGGCUGCAGUUACUGUCAGCCCCCUGCUUCCGGUCAGGGCUUCCCAGCUCCAAGUGAAAGGACCUGAAGAUGCCCCCGCUCUUUCUCUCUUCUCUCUCCCUCUCCCUUUCCCUCUCUCUGUGUCUCAGAUGGCGAUUUUGCUGACAGCCUCCAAGAAAAUGCUUCACUCAACAGUCCACAUGUGCCCAGAUGUUUGUAGAGCUAUUUGAGUCGCAGCCUUGUCUCAGGCUGAAGAUCUGUCCCCUUAAGUCCAUUCAGAAGUGGCACUGUUCAGCCCCUCAGAGCUGAGCGCAUCUUUAAGAGCUCACAGCACAUGACUGCACACUCCCAGGCCUUCAGCUUUCCCCGAGUCACAGGGCGCUGGCUGCCUUGUGAGGGUGACUAGGUGUGAUGUGAGUGUGUGGCUUGCAGAGUCUCUCCUCACAGUGCCCGGCACGUGUCCUAAAAUGCUGCUGUCUCGCCCUCCCACCCCCAGGACCUACUCUCUGGGUUCUCUUCUCUUCCUAGUGUCUUAAUUCACUCUCCUUCCUGAAUCCAUUAUUUGCAUAUCAAAUUCUGUAAAUGUUUUGUAAACAUAUUACCUCACUCUUGGUAAUACAGUACUGAUAGUCUUUAAAAGAUUUUUUAUUGUUACAAUAAUAAAUGUGAACUGUUUAAGAAGA